CCACUCCUCUCUCCUCCCUCAGUCCGUCUGGUGUAGUGGUAAGGGUAGGUUCAGUAGGAGGGGUGUUUGUCUUACCUCUUGUUUCUGAUUCUGGGAUGAACUGAGACUCGGCUGCAGCUCUGAACACAGGACACCUCAGUGGUGCUUUGGUGAGUGAAGAUGAGAGUCCUGGUCCUGCUGCUCCUUCUCACUCUGGGCAGGUCCAGCCCACAUGACCCUCGGCGCAUUCUGAACCUAAUCCGAGACUAUGAGACUCUUAUGGCCGACCAGGGACAGGAGCUGCACAUGGGGGACAUGGGGGAAACGGGAGAGGAGAAGGGGGAAGGGGGGAGAGGGGACAUGAUGGCUGAUGAUGAUGACGACGACGACUAUGAUGAUGAUGACGAUGAUGAUGAUGAAGACUGUCCAUCUGGAUGCCGCUGUUCCCCUGGAGUGGUCCAGUGCUCAGACAAAGGUCUGAUCUCAGUCCCAGAGAAAAUCCCUCCAGACACAGUGAUGCUGGAUCUACAGAACAACGACAUCACCCAGAUCAAGGAGGAUGAUUUCAAAGGGCUCACCGGGCUCUAUGGCCUGUUCCUGAACAAUAACGCAUUGUCUAAGAUCCACCCUCGGGCCUUCAGAGAUCUGUACAGACUGAAGCUGCUGUAUCUAUCCUACAACUAUCUAACUGAAGUGCCCUCCAACCUGCCCCCAAACCUGUCUGAGCUACGCUUCCACGAGAACAAGAUUAGCCGCAUCAAGAGGGAUGCCUUCAAAGGACUCCGCAAACUCAACGUACUGGAGCUGGGGGCCAACCCUUUGUCCAAUAGUGGACUGGAGCUCGGGGCUUUCAACGGAAUGGCCACUCUGUACCUGGGUCUGUCUGAGGCCAAACUCACCAGUGUUCCCAAAGAUUGCCCAUCGUCUAUGAAUGAGAUCAACCUGGAUUAUAACCAGAUCUCAAAGGUGGAGGUGGAGGACUUCCUCAGAUACAGGAGCCUGCAAAGACUGGGGCUCGGCUUUAACCAGAUAAAGUCUGUGGAGAAUGGCAGCCUGUCCAGUGUCCCUGACCUCAGAGUAAUUCACCUAGAUCACAAUCGGCUUAAGAAGAUCCCACCAGGGCUCAGCGGUCUGCAGCAUUUACAGGUGGUAUUUCUGCACAGUAACAAGAUUCGUAGCAUUGGGAUGAACGACUUCUGCCCAGUCAGAGAAGAGGAUCCUCACAGACUCUACACCACCAUCAGCCUCUUCUCAAACCCGGUCAAAUACUGGGAGAUCAGGCCCGGAACCUUCCGCUGUGCAGCCAGCAGCAAAGCCAUCCACAUGCAGCACUACAGGAGAUAGACCAGACUGGAAAAGGACUAAGACUGACCCAGGACUGAACCAGGACUGAACCAGUACUGAACCAGGACUGAAUCAAGACGAAACCACGACGGAACCACUACUAAACCAGGAUCGAACCAUUACUACACCAAGACGGAACCAUGACUUAACCAGAACUGAACCAAUUCAAUUCAUUUUAUUUUUGUAACGCCCAAAAUUACAACAGUUGUCUCGAAGGGCGUUCAUGUUUUUGACUAAGCCAGGACUGAACCAGGGCUAAACGAUGAUUUAACCAGAAAUAAACCGGGACUAAAUCAGGACUGAACCAGAACUGAACCAGGACCAAAAACAAGGCUAUCUAACUACAUUGUUGAUUCUCAAACACUCUCUAACCAAAAGCUGCUAUCAUCAUCCCUAGUUGGUGCUUAGAUUGGUCAUACCUAAUAUUCAUAAAACUGAUAAAGGAAUUUCUGUUUAUCUCCUCCAUUUCAAGACCAAAAUGUUGUUUCUUUCUUUAGUAGUUUUAAGAAGCCAUUUUUAAGCUCUCCCUUUAAAUGUCCGUUUAGCCUCACCCCUCUUCUCCUGUCCUCAGUAUAAAAUAGUGUAAUUUUUGUUCAGUUGUAGCUCCCUCUUCUGGACUUUUUUUGUAAAUGUAUUUGUAAAAAAAUGCAGUGAUUGGACAGUUCUUUACACCAUUUAAAGCUGACAUCUGUACAUG